AUGCCGCGGCUAGAGCGCCGCCGCGGUCGCCGCCGCCGCCGCCCGCGCGGUGCAUUGUGGGACGCCUCGCGCCCCGGCCGCCCUCGGCGCGGCGCCCGCCCUCGGCGGCCCUGGGGGCGGGGGGGACCCGGCGGGGAAGCCCCGGCGCCUGCGUGUCACUGCGCCCCAGCCGCGGGGCCGCCGGGCGGGCCGGGAGGGAAGGCGUCCGAGCGACCUCGGCCGGGCCGGGCCGCCUCCUCUCUCCGCUCUCACCCGCCGUCCCCCGGCCCACCUGCGCUCGUGGACCCCGCUCCGCAAACCGGCCAACGCCGUCGGGGCCCGCACCCCGGGAAGCAGGAGGAGCCGGCAGUCUUCGGUGGGAGCACAAGAUAUGAAGACGACACUUGCUUCAGGGGGAUGCACUCUGAGCCAGGGAAAAGCAGGGGAUCCCAGACCCAGCUUCUCGAUGGCUUCUCCCAGGUGACAUUCAUGCUGGACCUGAAAGGAGCCGCACUGGCCAACUUGCUGUUUCUCAAACCCCCAGUUCAAUUCCUGGACAAGGCUUUGAACUUGCUAUCCUCUCUUCUUGAAAUGCUAUUUUCCCAAAUAUUCAUAUAACACAGUCCUCGUCCUUGGAGGUGUCUCCUUCUUCAUAAGAUCUAUUUCUGACCGCCCCCUCUAAUACCACAAUUCACUCUCCAUGGCAUUCCUUGGUCCACCUGCUCAGUUCCCCCAACGGCAUUUAUUGUGAUACAUAUCUCACUCUAACACGGUAUAUAAUUUAUUUAUUAUCUUCAUUGUCUGUUUCCCCACAAGACUGUAAACUCUCCUAAAGCCUGUAACACUGCUUGGCACAUUGCAGGUGCCCCAUAAAAUGUUUAUUAAAUAAAGAAAUGAAAGAUGACGCUUAGUUUUCUGGUUUGAGUAACCGGGUGGAUGGUGACUCACUGAGGCAGGAAACACAGGAAGAUGAGGGAUUUAGUGGGAAAAAGCAGUUCAGUUUGGGACAUGCUGCCUCUAAGUGUCUUUGAGACCAACACCCAGGUGGGAAUGACGUUUAGGCAGUUGCAUUUAUGGGCCUGGCGCUAAAAAGAGGGUCACUGGAAUAUAAAUUCGAGGGUCUCUGGAUUACAGAUGGCAUGUGAAUGAGUGUCACUGGCAAGAAAAUGUAUGUAGAGAAGAGAAGAACUUUGAGAAAAAGUAGGAAGGGAGAGAGACAGCAUGGUCGGGAGAACCCGUGAAACAGAGAGAAAGAAGAAACAGGGAAUGAGGAGGAAAAACAGGAGUUGUGAAAGUCCGUGGGAAACUCCUUCUAAGAAGGAAGUUAUAUUAGUUUUCUGCAGCUGAGGAACCAUUACCCCAAAACUUAGUGGCUUCAAACAAUGCACCUCUAAUAUCUCACUCUUUCUGUAGGUCACGUGUCCAUGUACCACUUAGCUGGGUCCUCCGUUUUAGGGUAUCCUACAAGGCCACAAUCAGGGUGUUAGCCAAGGCUGUCGUCUCAUCUGAAGGGCUGACUGGAAAGGGACCCCCUUCAAACUGUUAGCAAACUGUUCCUAUUAUUGGCAGGAUUCAGCUUUCUGAGAGCCGUUUGGACAAGGGCUCCUCAACUAUCUCAUCCUUCUCAACUAUCUCACAACCCAGGAGCUUGCUUCAACAGAGCAAAUGCUCAAGAAGACUCGGGAAAAGUGUAAGCAAGUCUUUCAUAACUUAACCUCGAAAGUGCCACGUCAUCCCAUCUCACUUUUGUCUUACUCUCUUCAUUAGAACAAAGUUCCCAGGCUCAGCCCACACGCCAGGGAAGGGGAUUACAAAAGGGAGUGAAUACUAGGAGGUGGAGAUCACUGGGAUCCAUUUUCCAAACUGCCUCCUGCAGAAGAUAUGUCAGCAGUGUUAGGUGUCGAAGAGUAAUCAAGUAUCCAAGGGAUCUGGCAAUGAGGGGAAGCCAUUUGUUAUUUUAAAGAGAGCUAGCUUACAGUCCCGUAAGCCAAGGCCAGAUCAUAAUAUACUGAGGAAUGAAUCUGAAUAGAAGAAGUAGAGACAGCAAUCUGAAACAAUUCUUUCAAGAUGCUUAGAUAUGAAGAAAAGGAUAGAGAUAGGGUGGCAAAAGGAAGGAAUGAUGGGUUUUUAAAAAAAAAAAAAUGAAAGAGAUUUAAACGUGUUUAAAUGUUAUUGGGUAGUCAUGAAUAGAAUGGAAGAGAUUGUGGUCAGUCAGAGACAAAUCACUCAGACAGUUCAAUAACGAGUAGAGAAGACCAGUAGUGAGUCUAAGAGAAGAUGAUGAGGGCCUAGAUAAUCGCCUUUUAUCAAGCCCGUGCUGUGCUGUCCAGGCUUAUUGUACUAUCUCUAUUAUCUCACUUAAUUCAACUCUCAAAGGUAAGACCUUUAUCACCAUUGUAUAGAUCAAGAAACAGGCCUAGAGAAACUAACUCACCCAAGGUCACAUAGUAAAUAAGAGGAGUAAAAUUUUAAAUCAACCUGUAAGCCAGUGGCUCUCAAAGUGCAGCCCCAGACAAGCAGCGACAGCUAACAGGAACUUAUUAAAAAUGCAAAUGAUCAAGUCCCACCCCAGACCAAGUGAAUCCGAAACUCGAAACUCGAGGGGUAGAGACCAGUGACUUGUGUUUUAACAUGCUCCAGAGAACUCUGAAGUCUGAGCAGCACUGCUCCAGGUACUACUACCUCUCAAGGCCCAAACUAGGGCGGGUGAGAGAAUUAGUCAGGAAGUUAAGGGAGAGUAUCAAGGUAAAGAAACCCAGGAUGCCUUCUAGGUUUCUAGCUUAGAUGACUGACAGAGAAAUCACCAGAAGAGGGAGGAGGUCUGGUAGAGAAAGAUGGUGAAUUUAGUUUUGGACAAGCUGAUUCUGAAGUUCCUGUAGCCACAGGUGGAGCUAUCUAGCAGACAAAUAAAUAUAUGUGUCAAGUGGUUGAAAGACAGGCCAUGACAGACAGGCCUGCCCCUAAUAUUUGCAGGGCCUGGGACAAGAGUAGAAGUUACCAUACAGGCAUACGAGCAUCUAAAUAUUUAAAAGUUGUAAGUCAAACUAACUUAUUGUUAAAAUAUUUGGUCUCUUGGGAUCCCUGGGUGGC